UCGAGACACCGCAUUCGGAGGGAAAAAGCGCUGAGGCUUCUCGGCUUGGAAGCGAGAGCUCGGGCCAGGCCAAGCGGCGGCACGCGCCACCGGCUCCUGCAGUAAAAGUGGAGCCUCUUUGCAGGAAUCCCACAUGCGACCUGCAAGCGCGAGUCCGGUUCCUGCUGCGCGCUAGGUGGCUGCAUCCUCGCCUCGCUCUUGGUUGCCCUUCCUAGCAGUUUCCUUCACCCCCCCCCUCUUUCUUUUUAAUACCAUGUGGGGCUAAUGGAAGUGAUGCGAUUUCUCUGCAACCUUAAGCAAUAAAUAAACAUGGAGGCUGCUGCUAAGCCAGGAGGCGAGGAAGAGCAGAACUACCCGGGAAACGGCGAGGAGUCUCCCGCCGACUUGGCUAUGGACAGCUACUUGCGAUCUCAGGGACUAUACCGCAAGAGGAUUGCGAAGGACGGAUCCUGCCUCUUCCGAGCCGUGGCGGAGCAGGUUUUCCACUCUCAGGCUCAGCAUAUUGCCAUUAGGAUGUCCUGCAUAAACUACCUGCGGAAAAACAGAGAGAAGUUUGAAGCGUUUAUAGAGGGACCGUUUGAAGAAUAUUUGAAAAGCCUAGAAAACCCACAGGAAUGGGUUGGACAAGUGGAAAUAAGUGCCCUUUCUCUUAUGUACAAGAAAGAUUUUAUAAUAUAUCAAGAACCAGAUUCUGUUCCUUCACACGUAACUGAAAAUGGCUUUCCAGAUAAGGUUUUGCUGUGCUUUUCACAUGGAAGCCACUAUGAUAUUGUCUAUCCUAUAGAAUAUACUGUCAAUGCUGCAUUUUGCCAGUCUAUGCUGUAUGAAUUGCUGUAUGAGAAAGUGUUUGGUAUUGAUGUGGGUAAAACAUUAGAAGAGCUCAUCCCUCCUGCUGUGACCAAGGAUGGCAGUGGGAGCUGUGAAGAGUCUGAUUCAGAGGAUGAAAACAUAGAAAGUGAAAUGGCAGCAAUCCCUGAUGUGAAUGGAUUGAAGUCUCUGGGUCCCAAAAAUGAAAGAUGCGCUUCCAUCACCUUGUCUGCAAAAGUUCUUCAGUUGCUCAAUCCAGCAGUUUACCACAACAUUGAAUAUGCCAACUGGCAACGAUCAAAACGAGAUCAGCAAAAGCGAGAUUUUUCUAUUGCUGCUGGCAUGCAGUAUUCAGUUGGAGAUAAAUGUAAAGUGCGUUUAGACCACAGUGGAAAGUUCUAUAAUGCUCAUAUUCAAGAAGUCCAGUCUGCAAACGGACCAGUGGUUGUCUUUGUGGAAGAGCUUGGUGCCAAGCAUUCUGUUCUGCUAAAGAACCUUAAGCCACUCCCACAACCUUCUCCUGUGGAAACCUGGAGCACUGUGUCAGGGAAGAAGAUGAAAAGGCCCACUUCAGUGCAUGGGCAAAUCGUUCAGACGGAUUCAGAUCACCGAGGGUCAAAGAAUCCAAGCAAGCCGAUAAAAGCUCCCUCGGCACGGCCUCCUCGACUGCAAGGAGUCAGGGAGCAUCACACAUCUUGCCCUGGGCUGUAUUCUCAGAAAACCUCUCCUGAGCAUAAAUCUCUAAGCAGAAAUCCAUCACAGGUUGCAAGAAAGGUGGACCAUGAAAGAAUGAAUGAUUUUGACUACGCCAAUUUUGGCCUUUCUCCAGAGGAAUGCAAAGACAAGCAGUCUGUAGAAGAAAUGUGUUCCCCUUAUGAGCUUCAGCUGCAGGAUGAAGAAGCCUUUCCUGCUCUUUCUAAUUCAUCAGUGUCUCAGGUAUCCACUCAGACCACUGGUAACUGUGGACGGAGGAAACCUUUGGUUCCUAAGGCGAGAACAGCCAACCAUCUGAAAGAAGAAGAGGAGAGAAGAGACGAAGUGGGAGCAAAAGAAGAAAAAGACUCAAAUCCGAUGCAAAGACCUCUAGAUAUGAAGCUUGAGACAGAAAUGCCUGAAAACAACAGGGAAGAUGCCUCUGAUCCAGCAGUAUCACCGCCUUCAAGUCAGGGAGAUGCACAAUCCCCAUCAGUUGAACAAACGUUGCCAGAACUCUCAUCAGGUGUCAGCCACACUCCAUCUCCGGUUUUUCCUGAGAUGCAUUUGCCUCCUGCAGUGCCUUCUGUACCAGCCAUUGUGCCAGCUUGGCCAAGUGUGCCACCAACCUAUGGGCCAACAGGUGUUCCACCCCAAAUAUCUGGGCCAUCAGUAAUGCCAUCUUCAGCCACUGGUCUAGAUUCCCCUCUCACCCAGACGACAUCUAGUCCAGUUGCCAGCAUUCCAGUACCGCUCCAAGCUGUUAGCCAGUCUCUAAUGCCAAUGUCUCAAACACUGAAUCCAUACCAGGAUCCACUGUACCCCGGAUUCCCCCUUAAUGAAAAGGGGGAGCGAGUCAUGACCCCUCCUUAUUCCUUUUGCAGCAGAGGGGAGGAUCUUCCAAAUGAUAAAAAUGUUCUCAGAUUUUUCUUCAAUCUUGGUGUGAAGGCAUACAGCUGUCCCAUGUGGGCCCCACACUCCUAUUUGUAUCCUCUGCAUCAGGCUUGCUUGACAGCUUGUAGAAUGUACCCAAAGUUGCCCGUUCCAGUGUAUUCUCACAAUCCUUGGCUGCCAGAAGUACCUUUGACUCAGAAUGGAAAUGGAGCUUUACAAGCGGAAGGCCACUUUCCUAUGCAGAAUGAAGUCACAGUGAAUGGCCAGAGCCCACAUGCCGAAAUCAUGCCUCCAUCUUUGCCCCUCUUCAUACCUACUACUCAAGUGCCUGAAAACCAAGGACUGGUCUGUAUAGAGUCUGAGAAUCCAACACAAACACUUCACACUGAAUAUGACGAGUCGUUGGGACAGAAAAGCGUAUUCCCACAACCUCCAUUUGGGCAGAGUCCAUUCAUGGGACCUGUUUCAGUUGCACCUAUUUUCCCUCACCUUUGGUAUGGGUAUCCCAUUCAGGGCUAUGUUGAAAAUUCUGUGGCAAGACCAGUUGCUAUGCCUCCUGAGGACACGCGAACUGCUGUGUACUUGCCUAAGGAGUGCAGUUCUCCUUCUCCAGCUCCAGCAUGUGUUGAGUCGCUUCAGAAGUCCAAGGAUGAUAGCAGCAUCCAGCACCUUCCCUUCCCUGUGACUACUGCAGAGGGUGAAUGUGGUGGUCUCAGUGUAAACUCAACCGGGGUGCCUAAGGAGAAGCAGACUUGUACUGCUGCCCUGUCUGCUACAAAAACAAAGUCGGUACUGCAGAAUCUUUCCACAGAGAUGGAGAAUAGCAAGAGACAAGCAACGUCGGCACCAGUGAUGCCACUAACAAACGCUAAUGAAAAGACAGACAAAGCUGGUGCAACUAGCAACCUAACAACCAGCCCGGGGGAAAGUAAGGUACAAAGGCCAAGGGAAGAGAGUUCUGAAGACGAAUGUGAAGUUUCUGAUCUGCUGAGAAGUGGCCGGUCAAAGCAAUUUUAUAAUCAAACGUACGGAGGAGGUAGAAGACCCAGAAGUGAAUGGAGCUACCCUCCUGGGAGGGGGGGAUACUAUUACCCAAGAAAUGAAGAAGGAUGGAAGGGGCCAUCUACCAGAAGCAGAGGUGAAGGCUAUCGCUGUCACCGCAGUUCUAGAGGGAGGCCAUAUCGUAAUGAGAGGAGAAGAGCAAACAUGGGAGAUGGUCAUCGGGGGCAGCAGUUCCUUUAAGAGUGACUUGGGAUUCUUCCAACAUGAAUACUGAGCUAAAAUAUGCCCUAAUACUCACAUGCUUUCUGCUUGCUUUAAAGACCAGAAUACCCUAUUAAUUUCAGAGUGAAGUGAGGCUGAAGGGGAAACAACCUUUUAGUGUUACUUUUUGUUUUAAACUGUUUGGUUUUGUUUAAAUUCUUCACAGUUGUGGUUAAGAGAACCUGUGUUACAUUUGGACUUUUUCCUCCCCCAAAGAUUUGAGUUUGUGAUGGAGUAAAGUAGUUUGUAAUGAAACUUUCCUGCAAUUGAGUAUUUUGACACAAUAUAAUGAACGUUGCACCAAAUAGAAUGUAUAUCCUAGCAUACUGUAUCUUGGGGCUAUGUUAUGCUACAAGAAUUCUCAGCCUGGACUGUUGUCUUUGUGCUUCCAAUCCAAAGGCCUUUCAUCUCGAAACUUGUGAAACUUGAAUGUGUGGGGUGGUGUUUUUUGCUUCAAUGAAUUACCCUGUACAGUGGUCAACCAUUCUUGUGUCUUAGAUGUUUUAUUCAUAGGGAUACUAUUUUUUAAUUUUAUAAAGUGUUUCUUGAACUAGUAAAAGCAAUCAAGAAUACCUGUGUGGAGAACUGGCAAGAAAUUCAGUUUAGUGGUGAAUUCUUCCAGGCAGUCUUAACACUGGUAUGACCCUAAUGGUGCCUAUGCCAAUUAUGUAUUAUAAAACAAGGGUAGAUGCUGUGCAUUUCCAAAAUAGUUUUGCCUCUGUUACAAUACAGUUAAAGACACUUUUGCACUGACAAAUCCCUAAACAGUUGCUACAGGAAAGAUUCAUGAAACAACUCCAGUUGCUUUUUUUCUAAAGCAGGGCUUAUGUGAUGAGUUAGUAUUUAGUCUCUUUCCUUUAUGCACUGUAAAGGCUAGUUGUACUUUAUAAAAUUCCUUGCUAUUUUUUUUAAAACAGUGGCAAUCUUGUAGAAUUGGAGGCCUCUUUCCUAUCUUACAAUGUCAAUCAAUCUGACUGCUGCCUUCUGUAAGUCUGAGUUGUGUAUAUUUGUAUAUAUUGGUGUAAAAGGUGAAGGUUACUUUUUA